AGAGAGAGAGUUUUCUUUUGGAGUUUCUAACCCUAUCAAUCAGGUUUGCUACUACUUUUCGAUUCUCUGUAAACAAUUAGGGUUUCUAGAUUGGUGGACGUUUUUCAAAUCGAUCGACCGAUUCUUCGCUGUGGAUGGGUUUUCAACAACCGGCGAUCAUCGGAUCGGAUUCCGCUCUUCAGUGUUCCGGGAUAUAGAUUUGAUUUUCUGUUCAAGGCUGUGCUUAUUCGGAUUAGCUAGGGUUUUUUUUAUAUUGCUUUUAAUUUUUUUUUAUUAUUCCUUAAAUAUUCGAUCGAAUUGGGGAAAUUAGUGCCGUAUGGAAAUUACUGGGAAACCUUCGAUUGUUGUUAUGGCAAGUUAUGGUCUUGGCUGCGAUGAAGAUCGAUCGGCCCGGCCCGCCCCGGAAUUGAGUUUCUUCAGUUUUUUACGUGGUGGAUUUAGAAUGAAUCAAGUUGGUGUUGGUUGAGUUUCUGAUUAAUGUAUAAUUAUUAUGAUUUCGUUUAGUAAUCUACAAUGGAGGUCAUGGCCGCAAAGAAAGUCUCGGUUUUUCAUAGAAUGGGAGCGCAGCCCGCGAAGAAGAGUGUAGUCUGCAGAUAUUGGGCCAAUGGGAAUUGCAUCAAGGGAGACAAUUGUGACUACUUUCACGGAGAACGACCACCUCCACAAACCGGUUACGUUCAUUACAACCAAGCCAGAAGCAAAACAUGGACGAAUACGAAUUCUUCUUGCAAUCCGAAAUACGGGAACGGUUCAAGUUUAAGCAAUAAAGGGGGCAAGUUCAGCAAUGCCAGUUAUCAGAAACCCCCACGAAAAGUCAGCACAAAGAGUUUGACUUUUGUAAGAUCCGAACUCGAGAAAAACGACACUCGAAAAGCUCCGAUUAAGCAGUGCGGAGACUGGGUUAGGGGCAAUUGUGUCCGUGGAGACAAGUGCCGGUAUGUGCACUCUUGGUUUUCCGGCUCGGGAUUCGCAAUGUUGGCGAAAUUAGAAGGGCACGCAAAGGUACUUCAUCAGUUAAAAUAUGCUAAUUUAGGUUGUUUCUUAUUGGGUUUUUACCAAUGCAUAAAUAUUUUAUACGACUUUUUACAGGGUAUUACCGGAAUUGCCCUUCCAUCUGGCUGCGAUAAGCUAUAUUCGUGCAGCAAGGACAAAUCUAUUCGAGCUUGGGACUGCAACAGUGGCCAGCUUGCUGGUUCUGUAUCUACUGUUGGUGAAGUCGGGUGUUUAAUCAACGAAGGUGCAUGGUUGUUUGUUGGACUGCCGAACGUUGUCAAGGCAUGGAACAUUCAAAAUCAAGCCGAGUUUUUCGUCAAUGCACCUGGUGGUUUAGUAUGUAGCCUGGCUCUGGACAAUGACAAGUUGUUUGCUGGAAUGGAGGAUGGUACAAUAUUAGUAUGGAAGUUAAAUGCAGAGAGCAAUACUCCCGAACUGAUCGCAAUGCUGAAGGAGCACCAUGGCGCAGUGUGUACUCUUGUCGUUGGGGCUAAUAACAGGCUCUAUUCAGGCUCGAAAGAUUCCACCAUAAAGGUGUGGGACACGUAUAACUUGCAGUGCCUGCAUACUCUGUCUGGACAUACAAAAGACGUGACAUCUCUCGUUUGUUGGGACAGUUAUUUGAUAUCUGCUUCUCUCGACAAGACACUUAAGGUUUGGAGUGCAACCGAAAGUGGGACUAUAAAGGUGGAUUACGAGAUUAAAGACGAUUAUGAGGUGAAUGCUCUAUGUGGCAUACAUGAUGCAGAAGGUAAACCGAUCCUCCUCUGCGCGUAUAGUGAUAACACAGUCCGCCUCUACGAAUUGCCUUCAUUCACGGAAAGGGGAAGAAUAUUUUCGAAGGGGAAAGUUGAAGUGAUUGAAGUAGGCAUCGACGGACUAUUUUUUACGGGUGAUGCAAAUGGCGAUGUCUCUGUUUGGAAGAUGAUCGGCGCCCCAUGCAUGGCAGAAUCGUAAUUCUAGUUUUUUUCUUGUAGAGAAAAGUUUGUUUGCCAAACAUGGCCGUAGUUUUUUGCCAUUGAGAUUUCCUGGGAAUAUUUAAAACCAGGAAAAUGACAAUAUGAGUGUAUCAUCUAUGCACUUCGAAAUGUGAAUAUUAUUUCUUCAAAAAUAAUUGUUAAUAUUAAUAUUUAUUUAUUUUUGUAUAU